GGGGGGGAGGAAUGUGAAAAGCUACUUGAGGAAGGCCUCCCUUCUUCAUUCUGUUAACCAUGAGCAUUCGUGUCGACUGGCUGGCUCCGAGAUCUCAAUCAUAAACAUGUAACAAAGAGGACCAUUCUCAAUAAUCAGUUAUGGGUUGCUGGAACUUUUGGACAUUAUCUGUCCUCCCUUUGGCCGUGGUUUUAUUACUGGUUCUGUCCCAUUCCGUCAUAAUAACCUCAGGCGAAGGUAUCGAUUGUUUCAAGUGCGUCUCAAUCAAUGGGUCCAAUCCUGCCUGUGAAGAUCCUUUCCAUAAUAACUACACCCUGGACUUGCUGGAGCGACCUUGUUUGGGUGGAAGAAAAGGUCGAAACGGGCUUUUCCCGGCGUCGUCUUGCAUCAAACUGACUGGAACGUAUUCUGAUGGAGGUGGGAGGAUCACUAUUCGUGGAUGCGCUCUCGAUAGUGGCACUUUGACAACCGACACGGAAAUCAUUCGAAUGUCUCACUGUGGAAGUUUUUACUUCGAUGAAAGACACCUCCAUGGUUGCGUCCAAAGUUGUGAUGAUGUGGAUGCUUGCAACUCAGCUCCAGGACCUGGUGUGAAUACCCAUUCAUGGGGGAUCUUUCAAUUCCUCAUCUGGCCCACAUUCCUCGACCGACUCUUGAGUCAUCGAUUUUGAUCCCAUCCGUUCUUCUUUUCCCUGGACAUUCAUAAACACAUCGUUCCAAUUCACGGGAGAGAAUUACCUCCUCAAAUGAGCGGUUACUUUCUUGGCCAACCGAAUAUUCCAGUCGUCCGAUGAGCAACAUACACAAGACCCAGGGGGUACACUUGAUGAGGAAAGCAUUUGAAACAGACAGAGGCUCGAUGACAUCAUAACUGGAGAUCCCUCAUGCUUCCAAUACUCACAUGAAAAUCGUGGAAAUGUUAUCAUUUCCCAAACUAUUGCGCCAUUCAUCGAAAAUUGGACUUGGACCCCUCCCCCCCCCCCCCCACACACAUUUACUUGUUCUCGGUUGACUCAAAUCUCGCUCAUUAUAUCGAUUUCGAGGGUUUAUGGGACAGGGAACACACGUCUUGGGAUCUCAAUAUUUUUAAUUGAUCAUGGGACUCGAUAGUUGAAUCAACCACCUACUGCUUACCAAUCACUCGUAUCCAAACCGUAAUUAGUGACAUCCUUAUAAUAUUCAUCACCACAACAUUGCUCCAACACAUUCCAUCCUCAUAUACCAAACAAGAGACCACUUCUUAUACUACUAUUAUUCAUCCAUCCUACUUCCAAUCUUUUUCCACGUCCAAUGUCAAAAAUUCAAAGAAAUUAUUCUCGACAAAGCCAAUGUAGAACUCACACACAUCCGGUUUGGUUAUUCCGUCAAAGACUAAGACCGUUUUGAUGUACCCUCCAAGUCACUCGCCAAACACAAUUAGGUUGCUUAUUCUCUAACCUACUUUUAUGAGACCACAUGAUAUUUGAAAUAUAAAUCCAGAACCACCUUUUAAAA